AGUCAUUCAACUUCGCCAAUCAGCUCAACGAACAUCAGAGAAGGCGGGACUUCCGGUUAGUGGUAUAAACCAACUGAGGCCUUUCCAUGCGGUUGUGAUCUCAGGCUGGACGUGACUAACUGACACCGAAAAGAUAAACACAAUGGCUGAGAAUGAUGUUGACCACGAGCUGCUCGACUACGAAGAAGAUGAGGAGCCACAAGGAGCCCCAGAGAGUGCUGCCCCUGCAGGUAAAAAGGAGGUGAAGGGUUCCUACGUGUCCAUCCACAGCUCUGGCUUCAGGGACUUCCUGCUCAAACCAGAGCUGCUCCGUGCCAUCAUCGACUGUGGUUUUGAGCAUCCAUCUGAAGUCCAGCACGAGUGUAUCCCCCAGGCUAUCCUGGGCAUGGACAUCUUGUGUCAAGCUAAGUCUGGUAUGGGCAAGACCGCUGUUUUUGUGUUGGCAACCCUGCAGCAGAUUGAGCCUGUGGACGGACAGGUGUCUGUUUUGGUCAUGUGUCACACACGAGAGCUGGCCUUCCAGAUCAGCAAGGAGUACGAGCGGUUCUCCAAGUACAUGCCCACAGUGAAGGCAGCGGUGUUCUUUGGUGGCCUGGCCAUCAAGAACGACGAAGAAGUCUUGAGGAAGAACUGCCCUCACAUUGUUGUCGGAACGCCAGGUCGCAUCCUCGCUCUCAUCCGCAGCAAGACCCUGAGUCUAAAGAACGUGAAGCAUUUUGUUCUGGAUGAAUGUGACAAAAUGCUGGAACAGCUAGACAUGAGAGGUGACGUGCAGGACAUCUUCAGGAUCACGCCCCAUGAGAAGCAGGUCAUGAUGUUUAGUGCCACUCUGAGUAAGGAGAUUCGACCAGUGUGCCGCAAGUUCAUGCAGGAUCCCAUGGAGGUGUUUGUGGAUGAUGAGACCAAGCUGACGCUUCAUGGUCUGCAGCAGUACUACUGCAAGCUGAAGGACAGUGAGAAGAACCGCAAGCUCUUUGACCUCCUGGAUGUGUUGGAGUUCAACCAGGUGGUGAUCUUUGUCAAGUCAGUGCAGCGGUGCAUGGCGCUGUCCCAGCUUCUGGUGGAACAGAACUUCCCUGCCAUCGCCAUCCACAGGGGAAUGGCUCAGGAGGAGAGACUGUCUCGCUAUCAGCAGUUCAAGGACUUCCAGCGGCGGAUCUUGGUGGCCACCAACCUGUUUGGCAGAGGGAUGGACAUCGAGCGGGUCAACAUCGUCUUCAACUACGACAUGCCUGAGAAUUCUGACACCUACUUACACAGGGUGGCCCGGGCUGGUAGGUUUGGAACCAAAGGUCUGGCCAUAACCUUUGUGUCCGACGAGACCGACGCCAAGACUCUGAACGACGUUCAGGACCGCUUUGAGGUGAAUGUGGCCGAGCUACCAGAAGAGAUUGACAUCUCCUCUUACAUCGAACAGUCCAGAUGAGUCGUCCAGCCCACCUGAAGUCACGUCUCCAUGGAUCCUGCGUCUUGUAUUUGGAAUUAGAGUACUUCACUGUUGAUUUAAAAGCUCUGUGCGUUAUUUUUUUUAUUGUCAGUGUUCUUGUGGGGGGGUCGCGGGUGUGAUUGAUUUUUAAUUUGUCUUUUACUCUUUGUUUUAUGCUCGAAUUAAACCUUUUUAUAAAAUCCCAUUUUUGCGGUGGUGCUCUCUGUGAGGCUCUGUCGUCCAGACAUCGACGUAGGUUUGAACCCUGACCUUUUGACUUUGACCCCUGUCGUAGUUUUUUAUCUGUGACCAGCAGUUGAUCUUUAGAGUCGCCUCAAACCAAGUAGUGACUCAGACCGCAGGUCUCUGCGUGUGGAUGGUUGGUGGAACACGUUCAGAUUUUUAAUAUGGCUGUAAUUAUUGGCACACUGUCUGAUGAAGUUGUAUCUGUUAUUUUGUCUUUGUUAGAUAUUAAAACACAUUUCAGACUAA